AUGUUUGUGUCUACAAAUAAUACUCCAAAAAAUAAUAAAAAAGGAAACACCUCAUAUAAUGAUGAAUAAAGAACGAUUGAAAGGCUCAGAUUUCUAUUGAAAAAUGCCAUUUAGGUAUAUCCAAAAGUAAAUAAAUAAAUAUAGCUAAACGAUGAAUUGGAAAAGAAAAAUGCUUUACUUCUAUAUAGAAUAGAACAAUAAUAAAAUUAAUCUUAAUAAUCAAUUUAACAGGAUGAUUAUAAACAGUAGAUUGUUAAACUCUAAUCCUAAUUAUCUGAAGCAUAAUUAGAGAAUCAACAACUAUAGUAAAGUUUAAAAAAUCUCAAAUAAUAAGGUAUGAUAUAUAAAUAAUGUAUAAAAUCAAGGAAAUCAAAAUCCAUAAAAUAAUAAGAAAAAUUUUGAGUUGAUUCUCUAAGAUUGUGCCAUCUCAUAAGUAGAGAAACAAUUUUAUGAAUACUUUGAAAAAUCAUCAGCUAUCUUAUAAGAACAAAUGAUUUUAGAAUUCUAAAACAGAUUAGAGAAAUAUUAAACAAAAUAUUAAAUAGUUGAAAUACAUAAAAUUACAAGCUUCACAAAUUUAGAUAAAACUAAAUGUAUAGAAUCAUAAUAAAGAGAAAUUGAUAUUCUUGAAUCAAAAUUAAAUAAUACAGAAAAAGAACUUAAUGAACUUAAACGUACAACAAUUUCAAUGUAAUUUUAGGUGUUCUAGAAUCAUAUUAGUAAUAAUAAUCAAUGAAAUAAAGUUAAUAAGAUUAAGUUCAUGAUUUUUUCAAUUCAAACUAAUUUGAAAUUUUUACUUCUAGACUAAAUAAUAGUUAAGGAAUGGAUGAAUGUUUAAGUAACGAUAAAAGGUGGAUAGAUAUUGAUAAUAAUUAGCUUAAAACAGAUGAGCGUAAAUUAAUCCAAUAUGAAAAGACUAUAGAGAAUUAAAAAUUAGAGAUAGAAAAUCUUUAAAACAAAGUAUCUAAUAUAUCUAAAGUAAGAUUUUUUAAAUACUUUCUAGAAAAAACAUUAAUUAAAAUUACAAAAUUAAGAACUUUCAACUGUUUUAUAUUAAUAAGCAGAAACCUGUUAAAGAAUUAUAUCUAAUUUGUAAGCUAAAAUUGAAAAAUAAGUACUUUAAUUACAAUAUUAUACUUCUAUAUAAUAAAUGAGAAAUAAAUUAAAUCAAGUAAAUAUUAAUAUUAUAUCAUAGUAAUAAUCUUAACAUAGUGUAUAAAGUAGUUAAUAAAUUGAUAUAAGAAAAAAAUUCACAUAUCAUUCUCCUAAUGCUAACAAUUCUCCUGUUUCCAUUGCUAAAUCUUAGACUAAUAAUAGAUCCCUUAAAAAAGUAAUUAUAUAUUAUAAUAUUUAAAUAGUAAGAUUCCUCUAAUGAUUAAACUACAUGGAUCAUUAAAACUACAGAUGCAUCAUUAGUUAAGAAAUUAGAUAAAAAGGAUUCUUAAUCAGAAAGUACAACUGAUUAGGUAUUAAAACCUACUAAAUUGUCAACACAUUUAUAAGAAGUGAAGAAAUCUUUAGAUUAGAUCUCAAAUGUUAAUUGCACUUAAAAAUUAUUAAAAGGAUACUAUUUUGUAUAGAAUAAACCAAUAUUGACGUUAGAUGAUUUUUGA